AUGUCUCUUACCACCACCUUCACCCUUCCAUUCCGAAAGGCCAACACCAAGUCUCUUACGCUCGACCCGUGCUUCAAGGUUCUCUAUGAGAACAACAAGGAGACUCUCACACACUUUGUCACCACCCUCUCACCUCUCCCUCUGAAGACCAUCGUCUCCAAUGGCACAUUCGUCGGAUACCUCUCCACCAAGGAACCUGGCCCACUCGUCGAAUACAACAACAUGCGGACCGCCAUCGGUGCCAUGCGAAAAAUCAUGAUGACCACACCCCAUGGCGUCAAGAUGAUCAACUUUUACAAAGAGCUCCUUCGACUCCAGGGCCACUGGCUGCUUGCGCUCGCCGAGCAAUGCGCCUUCCACACCUACGUCAAACUCACCCAGGCUCUCCUCAUCGACCGCAAUGACGAAGCUCUUCUCAAGAGCGUGUCCAAGACAAUCCCCGAAACCGCCAGCAAGCUGUGCACCACUGGCUUCAUAUCUCGAAACCAAUUCACCGACCUCGUCAUGACUGAACAGUCCCGCCUGCGCUUCAAGUGCCAUGAGGCAAGUGAAAAGCUGUACGACUUCAAGACCUCCAAGGAUUUCUGGAAUCAGCAUACCAAGCUCGUCGCCAUGAUCGAGCACUGCGAGAACAAGCUCCGCGAAAUCCGCAAGAGAUCAGCCAAACGCAAGCAACAGCGCAUCGCCAGAGCUCGUGCAGCAGUCGAAGAGAACAGUGACAGUAUCCAUUGUCAAAUGGGCACGGUUGGAGAGUUUCCUCAGCCUCCUCAUAUCACUGCGGCCUAUGACAACUGGAUGGAAGAGACCCGCCUCAAGUAUUUCAACUUCAACGACAACAUGGAGGCUGAUGGAAUCACCUUUGAUGCCGCCGAACAAUACAACGACAUCACCCAACUCAAUGCUGCUGGUGUCGUUCAACCUCAAACUCAACCAUGA